AUUCCUCACGUUUUUCUGAACUCCUCUGCUUCUGAAAUCAGACCUCGGAUGUACCCAGUGUUUUUCGGAGAAAGCAUAGAGGUCAACCCUGAGCCAGCCCAGGAAAUCAGGUGCAGUUCGGAGAUCAAGUACAGCUCAGAGAAACAUUACCGCGACGACAUCUUCUACCACCCCAGGCCCACCAUCACCGCCUACCGAGAGUCCGUCACGGUGGCCCCCAACUGCACCUGGCGCAACUACAAAUCUCAGCUUCUCUUCGAGCCUCGUCAGAAGCCCCUCCGGUUUCAGAGCACGACCAUCAUUUUCCCCAAACGGGCCAAAAACCUUUACCGGACCACCCUCAACUACCGGCUGGGCUGUGCCAAGCGGUGGUUCGCCUCCAGCGUCCAACUCGCCUUGUGCGAGGACAACGAAACCUAUCUGAUGCACCCGGAGAACUUGUCCUAG